AUGUCCAAGCUCGGUAGCUUGGCCCUCGAUGGAGGCGAUCCUCGCCUCCAUACCAAGGAGCGCGAAAGGAUCGACGUCCUUACUGCCAAUGAAAUGAGCAGCGGGACUCGCCCGCAGCACCGGAAUCUGCAUGACCCUACUGUCACGUUCGAAGAGUAUCACCACUACGCGCAGUUAACUCGUGCUGAGGAAGAUAGUUUGGGAGGCCGAGAGACUGGAAUCCUGUCCAUCGUCUUCCCUUCCAAGAGCGACGGCGGUGUGCAACAGAUGACAUCCAAUGUGAGCAAGGAUGCCUCAGCUAUAAAUUAUUCGGACAAGGCAAACCGUAUGACCAUUACCGACGAGGAAUGGACUAAUGCCUCGCGUGCCCUCCGUACCGCAACUCGUGGAGCUAUCUUCUACCUGAUUACCACUGAUAUUUUGGGUCCUUUCGGUCUACCCUAUGCGUUUGCAACUAUGGGUUGGGGACCUGGAAUUGCUUUGUACACUGUUUUCGCCGGUCUGGCUGGAUACUCGGGAUACCUCCUUUGGGUAACCUUCAUCGGUCUCGAUUCGUACCAAUUCCCUCUGCGUAGCUUUGGGGAUAUUGGCUUCCGUUUGUACGGUCCAUGGCUGCGCCAUUUCUUUAACAUUCUGCAGAGUAUCCAGCUGUUGCUGAAUGUCGGUUUGAUUGUUAUUUCCAAUGGCGAGGCCUUAUCCCAGGCCGCUAAGUUCAAGCUUUGCUUCAUUAUCUGCUGCUUGGUCUGGGCCUUGGCUGGCUUCUUCCUCGGUCAAAUUCGUACACUGCAGAAGUUCGGCUGGUUGGCCAACCUCGCAGUGUGGCUCAAUCUCACGUGCAUGUUCGUCACCAUGGGGGGUGCCGCUCAUUCUCCUCCCAACUACGCUGGUGCUUCUCAAUCUGCUGGCGCUACUAUCGGUGAUGGUUCUUCUGUCGUCCCUGUGAACGGCGUCUAUCCCCCUGUAAUGACCUCCGGUGGCCUUCCCAGCACUGGAAACUUCGCCGGAACUGUUAGCGGUGCCAUGCAGGCUGUCUUUGCCUAUGGUGGUUCGAUGAUUUUCCCCGAGUUCAUGGCCGAGAUGAAGCGCCCCAAGGAUUUCCUGACUGGCAUGUGGGCUGCCCAGGCUUUCAUCUACAUCUGCUACAUGUUCUACGGUCUCUUCAUCUAUGGCUAUCAGGGCCAGUAUACUGUCAACCCUACCUACCUUGGAAUCAGCGAGUACAGCAUCCAAACCGCCGGCAACGUCUUCGCUAUGGUUACCGGUCUCAUUGCCGCUGGCCUGUAUGGCAACAUCGGUGUUAAAGUCAUCUACAACAACAUCUUCGUUGAGCUCUUCCGCUGCCCUCCUCUCACAAACAAAGCUGGCAAGUUCCUAUGGGUUGCUCUCAUCCCAUGUUACUGGGCGAUAGCCUUCGUCCUCGCGGCCGGCAUUCCCAACUUCUCGGGCCUUACCUCCGUCGUUGCCGCUUUCUGUAUUCUGCACUUCACCUACACUUUCCCUCCCAUGCUUGCGACCUACUACUGGAUCAAAGAGGCUGCCGUGCAGGACGGAGAAGGAUUUGACCCUGCAACUGGCAACACCAUUCGCCAUGAUAGCGGAAUGAAACGCCUCAUCCGAGGCUUCAUGUCUCUGAAGCCGAAGUACAAGAUUUUUAGUAUCUUCAACAUCUUCUACUUCUUUGGCGCGCUCGCUCUUGCAGGGCUCGGUGCUUAUUCUGCCAUCACUGUCUUGAUCGAUGCGUAUGCAAACAGCACCACAACUUCUUUCGUGUGCCAUAGUCCGUUGGAUGGUUAG